AUGUUAGGAGCAUAUAAAGUGAAAGCCCAGAUGGAUAUAGAGAGCAUGGAGACUAAAGAUGGUGAUAAUCUGAGUAUAUCUGGUACAUUUAAUUUACUAAGUAAACAGAAAACAAUAGAGAUUUUAGAUGAGCAAACACAAGAAGGGGAAGUAACCUGGUAUGCGUCUUUGAAGAAGGCAGUAGAUGAUUUAAAAGAAAAGAAGAAAAGAAUUCGAGACAAACAACAAUCUAUUACCAAUCUAGAAUCAGGGUUAACAGAAGGUAAUAUAGGUGAAAGAGCACCAAGAUGGAUACCAGAUGAAUCAGCUACUAUAUGUAUGAGGUGUGAUGCAUCAUUUACAACAUUCCGACGUAGACAUCAUUGUCGUGGCUGUGGUUGGGUUAUUUGUAGUAAAUGUUGUAAAAAGGCACCAUUAGAAUAUCUCGAUAAUAAGAUAGAAAAAGUUUGUCAGAAAUGUUAUAAUUUGAUAGUUCACCAAACAUUGGAUUCGCCAGAUUCACCCACAAAUGAUUCCUCACCGAAAAAACACAAUAUUCUAGAUGUUAAAGCCAGUGAUGCAAGUCUAAUUGCCUCCUAUUUAAAUAUGUCUGCUGAUAAGGGUAGGAGUUGGAUGAAAAGAUAUUUUGCUGUUCACGAUACUUUUGUAUUAUAUUCCUUUAAAUCAGAUCAGGAUUAUAGUGCCUUAACAGCAUUGGCAUUACCUGGUUACCAAGUUGAAAUGGUGAAAAAUCUUCAUGAUAAAAGCAAUAUAUUUAAAAUUUCUAACAAAUCAUUGAAGAAAAAUUAUUAUUUUGAAGCUGAUCAUAAAUUACAUACCAAAAAAUGGUACAGUAUCUUGGAAAAAGUUGUCAAAGCAGAACUUCCAGAUAUCACACAAAGAUUUUCAUCACAAUCUACAAGUAGUGCAAGUAGUGGAGGUGCUAGUAGUGACACAUAUAAUAAUAAUAAUAAUAAUAAUAGUGAUAUAUCUACAGACAAUAUAUCAGGAAGUGUUAAAACUAACUGUUCUGAUCAAACUAUCAGUAAGAAUGUGAAGUCUGAUCACAGUGAAGACAUUACUGAUAACAGUGCCGGAAACACUAAAACGUCCAGUAAAAAAACAGAGAAAACACGAAAAAAAUCUGUUGACAAUUCAAAAACAGUGGAGUUAUCUCACUCGAAAGAUUCUACGUGA